GAUACCCCCGCGUGUGUUCCCUCUUCCCCCUCCAUUAAUGCAUCCAUCACACUCUCUCUCUAUAUAAUACUCACUUCAAACUUCACUACACACACAUGACAUAACAUAAACAUUCGUAUAUACUAUAUACAUACAUGGCCUCCAUGCUGCCACUCUUGCUCCUCCUCAUCAUCGGCGCCGUCCUCCUCCUCCUCCUCCACCGGCGCUCCCGGCAACGGCGCCUCCGCGUUCCGCCGGGGAGCCUGGGCCUGCCCUUCGUGGGCGAGACCCUGCAGCUGGUGUCGGCCUACAAGAGCGAGAACCCGGAGCCCUUCAUCGACGAGCGCGUGAAGCGGUACGGCCCAAUCUUCACAACCCACGUGCUGGGCGAGCCCACGGUGUUCUCCACCGACCCCGAAGUGAACCGUUUCGUUCUGAUGAACGAAGGGAAACUGUUCGAGUGCAGCUACCCAGCCUCCAUAUGCAACCUCCUCGGCAAACACUCCCUGGUCCUCAUGAAAGGGUCCCUCCACAAGCGAAUGCAUUCCCUCACCAUGAGCUUCGCCAACUCCGCCAUCAUCAAGGACCAUUUGUUGCUCGACAUCGACCGCCUCAUUCGCCUCAACUUCGAUUCCUGGUCCCACCGGGUUCUCCUCUUGGAAGAAGCCAAAAAGAUAACUUUUGAGUUGACACUGAAGCAGCUCAUAAGCUUUGAUCCAAAUGAAUGGACUGAGAGUCUAAGGAAAGAGUACGUUCUUGUGAUCGAAGGAUUUUUCACACUCCCCUUCCCCCUAUUCUCCUCUACCUACCGUAGAGCCAUCAAGGCUAGAACGAAGGUGGCAGAGGCAUUAACGUUGAUAGUGAGGCAAAGAAGAAAAGAAAGCAUGGUUGGGGAGAAAAAGAAUGACAUGCUAGGGGCAUUGUUGGCCUCCGGCUACCACUUUUCCGACGAGGAAAUAGUGGAUUUCAUGUUGGCGUUGCUCGUGGCCGGCUACGAAACCACCUCUACCACCAUGACUUUUGCCGUCAAGUUCCUCACCGAGAAUCCUCUAGCAUUGGCACACCUCAAGGAAGAGCAUGAUCAAAUCAGAGCCAAGAAGAGUUCCUCUGACGCACCACUGGAGUGGACAGAUUAUAAGUCAAUGGCAUUUACUCAAUGCGUUGUGAAUGAGACCUUGAGGAUCGCUAACAUAAUUGGUGGGAUAUUUAGGAAAACAAUGACUGACAUCAACAUAAAAGGUUACACUAUUCCAAAGGGAUGGAGGAUCAUUGCUUCAUUUCGUGCUGUACAUCUAAACCCUGACCAUUACGAAGAUGCACGCACCUUCAAUCCAUGGAGAUGGCAGAGUAACUCAGAAGCAACUAGCCCUGGAAAUCUUUAUACCCCGUUUGGAGGAGGGCCACGGUUAUGCCCUGGCUAUGAGCUUGCCAGAGUGGUUCUCUCUGUCUUCCUUCACCGCAUUGUCACCCGUUAUAGUUGGAUUCCUGCAGAAGAAGAUAAGUUGGUGUUUUUCCCAACCACUAGGACGCAGAAGAGGUACCCUAUCAUAGUGAAACGUAGAGAGGAGCCCAUACCAAGUAAAUUGCCAUGAGAGCAUUUACUCAGAGAAGCGCAAAGAGGAGGAAGCAGAGAUUGUAGACGAGUUAAUCAGUUUAAUGUCCACAUUAUGUUAAAUGUUAAGCAAUAAAAGUUAUAUCCACUAGUUUAGCAGUUUAUAUGUUAUUUAUUUUAGGGUUAUAGGAAGUAAUGUCAUAGUGUUAGAGGGGGAUGGGAAAUGAGGAUGUGAAAGAUCAAACCCCUCAUCACCCUUAAUAAAACAGUUGAGUUAAUUAAUCCACCGUGUAUAUGAUCUUAGUUAAUUCCUACAAAUCCUUUCACCUA